AUAGAGAAUAACUGAUAUAAUUUCUGAAUUAUAUGUUGAUAAUUUUCUAUAACUGUGACAUAACAGUCCAAGCUCAGCGCCGCAGUAAGGAGCACUCCCGCUCCACCAGUGCCUUGAGCGGUGCCGCUGAUGAGAAGUCUGAAGUGUCCCAGGAUGCUGAUCACCACGUGUCCCUCUACAGCAACGGCUUCAUGGCCUCCUCUCUGGGUUACCAGCAUGCUAAGACUGUGGAGCUCCAGCAGAGGUCAUCUUCAGUGGCCACUCAGCAGACCACAGUGUCCUCCGUCCCCUCACAUCCCUCCACCACCGGGAAAACUGUGCGUGCCAUGUACGACUACACUGCUGCCGACAGCGACGAGGUGUCCUUCAAGGAUGGUGAUGUCAUCAUUAAUGUACAGUCUAUCGACGAGGGCUGGAUGUACGGUACCGUGCAGCGCACCGGCAAGACCGGCAUGCUGCCAGCCAACUAUGUGGAAGCAAUCUAAGUUGAAGCCCACCCAUCCUGGGUCAGGAGUGGGUGAGACACAUCCACAGGAGAAACUGUCUAGAAAUCCUCUAAUCAGAGCCACGACUUCAAGCAACAUGUAGAUUGUAGACUGCUGAGACACUGUAUCUGUGUUUUAAGAGUAGUUCUCAGUGGUACAUCUGAUAAUUGUGUUUCCUGUGGAUGUGAGAUUUGCACCAGAAAAACAAAUACACAUAUCCAUGUUUGUGAUUACACAUAUUAUCAGAGUCCUUAAUCCCCUCCACAGAAACAUCCUGCCUGGCCCAUUGUUUUGUAAAUUACAGAAAUAUUUAAUAUAUAUUGAAACUGUUUUGUCAGAGUUGUAUUGAGUUCUCAGAAAAAAAAACAUCAAGCUCUGGGAAUCCUUAUGAUGCCUGGAAUCAAAAUGUUAUGGAGAAGCUUUUACAAAUGGUGGAACAGAAGGAGUCGGCUGCCAUCCAUCAUCAAACUGCUCCUAAAGAUGAGCGCCGGUCCUUUUCUCCUCUACUGAAGGCUGCUGACUAGAAGAAUUGUGUGUUUUGUUUCUUCCAGUUAUCUCAGUCCCUUGACUUACAUCUGUAGCUAAAUAAAGCACACAGAGAUCCUGCA